CCAUCUUUUAUUGACGUUCCACUGGCGACGAGCAUUGCGCGUUUGUUUAUUCGUGAUUGUUUAAAUAACGGGAAGUGAAUAAGAUGCCGAUAGGAAAAUUGGAACCUUUUGACUUAAAUUCUCAAAAGUGGCCGGCCUACGUGCGCCGAGUGAAACAGUAUAUUGUGCUUAACGAAAUCAAAAACGAAUUGCGUGUUCCGUUAUUGAUAACGAUUGUCGGUCAAGACACAUAUUCACUUAUGUGCGAUUUAUGUUCGCCGGCUCAUCCCGAGUCGAAGACCUUCGAUGAAUUAGUGAAUCUCGUGGCACAACAUCUGGAACCGCAACGAUCGGAGAUCGCGGAACGCCAUGUGUUCCGAUUGCGUAGACAGCGAGUCGGCGAAACGCUCACGGACUACCUACAGAAUCUGAAACAUCUCGCUACAACCUGUAAUUUUGAGGCGAACUUGGAAGAGAACCUCCGUGAUCAAUUUGUUUCGGGCUUGGCGAACGAGGCUAUGCGAUCUAGAAUUUUCGCGGAAAAAGAUAUCAAGUAUAAGGAGGCGGUCGAACUGGCUCUCGCGCUGGAGGCUGCAGAGAGGCACGCGGAAGUGAGCGGAGCCCUUUCGGUGGGCGUGCAGGAGGCUUCAGGUGCGACCAGCAGCGGCGCGGAAGAGGGCUUGCAUCAGGCGAGGACGAGGCGAGGCGGCAGCGGGCGCGGCGGCAGCGGGCGCGGCGCGCAGGCCGGCGCGGGGUCAGCGGCCUGCUGGCGGUGCGGGAAGGCACAUCCGCCGGACCGGUGCCGGUACGCGAAUUAUAACUGUGAUGUGUGCAAUAAGAGAGGUCAUUUAAAGGUGAUGUGUAAACAAGUGCGUUAUGGUAAUCAACCCUUCGGUCGACAGAAUUUUGUAUGUGAACCGGAGGAGAUUUCGGAUGACGAGGACAUCUUCAACAUAGAACUGAUGGCUAAAGGUACAAAACCUUUUUUUAUUAAAGUGCAUAUUGAUGGUUAUCCCGUAGAGUGCGAAAUUGACACAGGCAGUCGCAUUUCGGCGAUAAGUGAAAGUUUCUAUAAGCAACAUUUUAUACAUAAACCAAUAACUAGUCAGAAUAUUUUGUUACGCAGCUAUGCCGGCUCACCGAUCGAGUCUCUCGGAUCGAUAGCCGUAAAUGUGACUCUUGGAAAAGUAACUAAAAAAAAUUUGGCACUUCAUGUUAUUAAGAAUGGUAGCCGUCCAUUACUCGGUAGGGAAUGGAUUCGAGCGCUAAGUAUCAAACAAAUCAGUUUUUUUCAUGAGAUCCAUGAGGACUCGAUUGUGACUCGGUUGGCUGCAGAAUUUCCCGAAGUUUUCACUGACAAGUUAGGCACCUGUAAAAAAACAAUAAAAUUAGAAUUAAGGGAUCGAGAACCAGUGUACUUUCGCGCGCGGCCCGUGCCGCUGGCGCUGCGCGCGCGCGUGCGGGCCGAGCUCGAGCGGCUCGAGGCCGAGGGUACCAUAUACCGGGUGGAGCAUGCCGAGUUUGGCACACCAAUUGUACCUGUGGUCAAGGAGAAUGGCGAUAUUCGAAUAUGUGGGGACUAUAAGGUAACGAUAAAUCCUAAAUUAAAACGCGAAUAUUACCCCCUCCCACGCAUCGAAGAAUUAUUUUCGACUCUCAGUGGUGGGGAGGAAUUUAGUAAAAUUGAUUUAACUCAUGCUUACGCACAAACGAUUUUAACAGAAGAUUCACAACCUUAUACUGCAAUAAAUACCCACCUGGGGACGUUCGUGUAUCGUCGUACUCCUUAGAUAUGGCUUAUC